AUGUCUUCUCCUCGCCCUUCUUCCCCCGUCAACGCCGCUGCCUCGACUGGCUCUACCACUGCUCGCGCCGCUUCUCCCAGAGCCCCUGGCGGUCCCGCAACCGCUAUCCGCAGAAAGGCAGCCGCUGACCGUGCCGACCGCGCCGCCAAUGUCAGACCCAGCAGCACUCGCGCCGCAGGUGCUGGUGGCAGCAGCAGCACUAUGCUGAGACUCUACACCGACGAGUCACCAGGUCUUAAGGUCGACNCCUUUGUCGUCCUUGUCCUCUCUGUCGGCUUCAUCAUCUCUGUCGUCGCACUACACAGUACGUCUCUCCAUCUGUCGAAACAAGGAUACUUUGACUGA